AUGGAAGAUGUCCCACCGCCUUCGGCGGCCAACAGCGAGCUUGCGACUGUAGACGUUGUUGGCAGCGCGUAUCAAGGGCGCGCACAGAAUGAAGGCCAGCCGCCGUUGCCGCAGGGUGCUAAUCCAGCGAGCAAUCCCGCCUUCUCAGGUCAGUAUCAAAUCUACGAUCCAUCGCCGAACGCCUUCUCUGGGCAACUCGAGAUGUCUCACGCCCAGGGACCGGCUCGCCAAGGACCAUACAAUAUGACUGCGAUGGCUGCCGCGCUUCCGCCAUCUGGAUAUCGACCUAACUAUAACCAAGGACAACCUCAGCAACGAUACAACACCGCUCCGUCAUCUAACAUGAUCCAGCCUAUGCCGCAAAUCGCUCAGUUCGCAGGACCGCCGAAUAUGGCCCAACUUGGAGGCCAACCCUACUAUGUACCCCAACAUCCGCAGAUGUCGUCCUACUAUAAUGCGCAAUUUCCGUCGCCGCAGCAGCAACACCAGGCGCCACAGCAGUCGAAUAUGUCCCCACGACAUAACUUAAAUUACUACACGAACCAAGUCCUGAUGAAUCAGUCUCAGCAUCCUCUUUCCGCCGCCGGUUACUAUUACCCUCCCACGAAUCAAUAUCAAUCUCCGCACUCGAAUAUGCAAAAUCAGAUGAAUCCGGCACAGUAUAUCUUGGCGGAUGGCUCAUCUAGUGACAUAAGAGACGUCUCACCGCCACAUGUGAACGACCAAAUAAAUAUGGUCGCGAGUUCAACCCGGGGUGAAACUUCUACGGACUCGCAAUCUAACGUUGUUAGAGGCCCUCCCCGGAAACCCCGACAAAGUGGCCAUGCCAUCUGGAUAGGGAAUCUACCUCCGCAAACUGACUUAAUGAGCCUGGUCCAUCAUGUAUGCAAAGAAGCGCCUGGACUGGAAUCGCUCUUCCUCAUAUCCAAGAGCAACUGCGCCUUUGCGAAUUUCAAGGACGAACAAAGCUGCGUCGGGGCCCAGCAGAAACUUCACGACUCAAAAUUCCAAUCCGUACGACUAGUCAGUAGGCUACGAAAGAGUACAGUCGAAGGGGUUGGUGGACAAACAGCGCCGACAGGACCAGCAGCAGCUACUUCACCCGGCGGACAAAAUGCUUCAGUUGAAUCGAUGACAAGCCCUCGAGGAAAGCCUUCAGAAUCAGCGACACCUGUAUCCGACACACAAAUCGAGUCUAGAAACGAGGCCAGCGGUGAUAUCAGUCCACAAAAAGAUAAAUUCUUUAUACUAAAAAGUCUCACGGUGGAAGAUUUGGAGCUGAGCGUUCGAACUGGCGUGUGGGCAACUCAGGCACAUAAUGAAGAAGUAUUGAAUAAUGCGUUUAAGUUGGUUGAUAAUGUUUAUUUGGUAUUUUCCGCGAACAAAUCGGGCGAGUAUUUCGGCUAUGCAAGAAUGACCUCGCCUAUAAACGACGAUCCGGCAGCGGCUAUUGAAUUUGCGCCUAAGGCCCAGACUACGAGUAACUUGGAUCUACCCAAAGCUAUUCCCACCGAAGCUACGGACACUUGCCCGCGAGGUCGAAUCAUCGACGACUCGGCUCGAGGAACUAUAUUCUGGGAGGUGGAAAGGGACGACGCCGACUCGACAGCCGACGCGGAGGAUUCCGACGACUCGGCAAGCGCUAAGAGCGCCCAGGAAGGCGAAGGAGGGUCUAAUAAGGCAUGGGGCAAACCAUUCAAGCUCGAGUGGCUCUCGACUACGCGACUCCCUUUUUACCGAACACGCGGACUACGAAACCCUUGGAAUUCUAACAGGGAGGUCAAGAUAGCAAGAGAUGGGACUGAAUUGGAGCCGUCUGUUGGCAGAAGACUAAUCGGGCUAUUCAACCGCAUUCAAAGUCCCGGUCCAAUCAUGGGAGCGAGGCCCGGUAUACCCAUCGUCGCUGGAUAUCCUCCACCGCCCAUGCCUCCCCCGUACCGAUGA